UUUACAUUAUUGUGGCCUAUUUCCAGUGCUACGAAAGAGUACUCGUCUUAUCGCCGAUAUCCAUUAUGCAAACCGUGUGAAUACAUAAGAUAUCCGAAGUGCACUAACGACGUUGUUAAAAUUGUGAAGGAAGCAAUCAGGAAAAAGCUAACAGUAAAAGCAUUUGGUGUUAGACAUUCCCAAACGGACAUCAUCUGCACGGAAGGGAUACCUGUUGAUAUGACCGGAAUUCGAUCCAUGAAAAUGAACGGCGAUCAGACGGCAACGUUUGGCGCUGGUUUGAAUAUGCGAGAAGCAACUACAUUUUUGCGUUUACACGAUCGUGCAUUUAGAACUACACCUGCGUUCGGCAAUAUAACAAUUGGUGGAGCAAUUGGGACUGGUGCACAUGGUUCUUCAAUAAGGUAUCACGCUUCUAUUUCUUCUCAGAUCGCUAAAUUGAAAAUUGUCGACGGGAAAGGUGAGAUAAAAGAGAUUACUGAUCCAGAGGACUUGAAAGCGUUCAAAAUCCAUCUGGGUCUUCUAGGAAUUGUAGUAGAAGUAACACUGAAUACGGUAGAACUGUAUAAAACACUCGCUCACAAUUACGUUGUCCCCGAUGAUAUACUAACAAACGGUAACGCAGAACACAUGGCAAAGAAUACAGAUCAAAUAUCGCUUUACUGGUUUCCGGCAUUCAAAGAAGUUGUCGUAGCUAAUUGGACAAUUGUGGAUAAAUCAACUAAAGGAACUGAUUAUACGAAUGAUCAUGUGCCGUCCACGUAUAACAAUUUUGCUCUAAUAACUUCUGUAGCUAAAGAAAUCGCGUUUACACUUACCGAGAGCAAAUGUUCCACAGCUAACACACUGGGCUAUAACCUACUGCACCUAUUCGAAUACGUUAUGGAAUUGGUUUUAUUGUUACCUUUACCUGACUGGGUACCAAUUUAUGCAACUCAAGAAGGGCGCUUUAAAAACCCAUCUGUGGGAUAUUAUGACGAAAUGUUUGCUCCUAUAUGUCACGAUGAUCCUCAAAAAAUUCUUGGAAAGGCCUGUGUGUGGUCUCAUGGUUCAAACAGUAUUACGAUCCUGGACAACGAAUUUAGUCUUGAGUUGUGUCGAUUGGGAGAUUUUGUGAGGGCUGUCAAAGCGAUUGUGGAGAAAACUCCCACUGUAUUUCCAUUACAAGGUAUCUUGAUGAGAUUCUCCGACCGAUCCGAUAUCUUAAUGGCCACUUCAUAUGGUAGGGUAUCAGUGCAUUUCGAAUUUUAUUUAUGGAACAGAGACGACAUCUAUGAACGUGCAUCUGGUAGUCUGGCCGGCUAUCAAACCAUUCUACAAACUUUGACGAAAGAAUUUAAUGGCAGAUCGCACUGGGGUAAAAGUGGCAUGAUAUAUCACGGUAGGGACAUGCUGGACUUAAAACUGGAUGAAACUGCUAGACGAAAGUUUGUGGCCAUCAUGAAUAAAUACGAUCCGAACGAGGUCUUCAUUAACAAUUUCGGCCGUCGCGUAAAACGAACUGGAUAUAAACUCGACAUAGAUCCAAAAACGAAGCAUUGUGCCUUGUUGGAUAAUUGUUUCUGUUCGAAGAACUGUGACUGUUCGUCUAUAUUUGGUCCACCCUUCGGUUUUCUGUCGUACCUACCAUACUAG